AAAAUACAGAAAAUUCAAUAUGUCGUGUGGGUGGGAUGAAAUAAGGACUGCGGUACAUGUACUGGUCAAAAUCAUGGCGAUCUGUUUUUAGGUCGCUUCAAUAUGAAGUCAGAUUGUCACGUGAUCAAAAGCUACACCAACAAGAAAAUCUCACCAAACAACAUGGAAGAAAUUCAUUGAACAACAUUUCAAGGUGAAUUAUCUUCAUUACAAGAAUGUGGAUAGACAUCUGUAGGUGAUGGGUAACGAUUCUUGAUGGAAAUAGAAUGGCUGGAAACUGCGAUAGUAAGCAACAUUGAACUGAGUCCAGUGAGACUACAGGUAUUAUGGAUAAACCUUCAAAGAGAAAGGGGACGCCAGCUCAGGUACUAGGGAAACGACAGAGGAGGGAUCCCUGUGCGGAAGAAGUGCAAAACAACCAACAAAUGUCAGCAACGCAGAGCUGGUCAAACCCACCAAUACAGCCCCAAGCUUGGCUAAAGUCACCAGUACAACCCCAAGCAGGACCACAGUCACCAGUACAACCCCAAGCAGGGCCACAGUCACCAGUACCGCCCCAAGCUGGACCACAGUCACCAGUACAACCCCAAGCAGGGCCACAGUCACCAAUACAGCCCAAUGCAGGGCCACAGUCACCAGUACAACCCCAAGCAGGGCCACAAUCACCAGUACAGCCCAAAGCUGGACCACAGUCACCAGUACAGCCCCAAGCUGGACCACAGUCACCAGUACAGCCCCAAGCUGGACCACAGUCACCAGUACAGCCCCAAGCAGGGCCACAUUCACCAGUACAGCCCCAAGCAGGGCCACAGUCACCAGUACAGCCCCAAGCAGGGCCACAGUCACCAGUACAGCCCCAAGCAGGACCACAGUCACCAGUACAGUCCCAAGCAGGGCCACAGUCACCAGUACAGCCCCAAGCUGGACCACAGUCACCAGUACAGCCCCAAGCAGGGCCACAGUCACCAGUACAGCCCCAAGCUGGACCACAGUCACCAGUACAGCCCCAAGCUGGACCACAGUCACCAGUACAGCCCCAAGCAGGGCCACAGUCACCAGUACAGCCCCAAGCUGGACCACAGUCACCAGUACAGCCCCAAGCAGGGCCACAGUCACCAGUACAGCCCCAAGCUGGAUCACAGUCACCAGUACAGCCCCAGUCAAUAGUUAUGGACCUUGAGAAGAGCCAGCAGCCAUUUUCAGAAACUGAGAGUCGCAAGUUUUCUAACCUCAAAAAUCUGUCGUCACGCAGAUUGAAAGACUUCAAAGCCGAAGACUAUGUCCAGAUUGAAGGAUACCAGGAAAUCGAGAAAAAGCUGAGUGAGGUUGGUGCUGUGUCUUUGAUUGGAAGUCCAGGAUCAGGAAAAACAACUCUUGGGUGGAUUCUCAUGAAGCACAUCUGUGAAAAGGGGAAACAACAGCCGUUAAUGUUAACAAAGCCUUCAGAGCUUGACCUUAUUCCAGUUCCUGAAGAUUGGGGGAAUAAAAAUACCAAAGACACUUAUGUAGUAUUGAUUGAUGACAUGUUUGGAAAGGCAAAUCUUGAUCAGAGUGAGAAAGAAUCAUGGGAAAAACAAUUUCCAAAAAUUAGGUCACUAGUGACUUAUGGAUUAAUCAAGGUACUAAUUACACUGAGAACCCAGAUAUAUUCUGAAUGUGACAAAAGCUCCACAAUGAAAGAAUAUCAGGCUUUUCUAAAUUUUACGCAUUUGUCCUUAACUAAAUCUGACAAACUAAAUAUUCUUGAACACCAUCUUAAGAGAAACAACAAAAUAAUCAUGGAUAAAAAUGAUAAGAUUAUGGCUGUAGGACAGACAUUUAAAGAGUUGGGCUUUCCUCAGUGUUGUGUGUUUUUUGUAAAAUCUACAGAUGCUCAUAAGCGAGGAGCAGAAUUUUUCGAAAAGCCAAUUGAAUACCUGAAGACAGAGUUUGAUCAGAUAAAAUCAGACAAUUCACUCCAAUAUCUUGUUCUGUUAUUGGUUAUGUUUAAACAGGGAAUCCUGAGGCCUGAAUGUUUGGAUACAUUUAAAGAUGACAUCGAUACCACAAAUCUAAUUAAGAAGCUGAAAGAUGUAUGUAGAAUUAACAGUAAGGUUACACUGGGGGAAAUCAAAUGGUCUGCUGACUCUCUCUGUGGUGUAUAUCUUGUGUACUAUGUUGAUGGAGAUCACAAUAGAUUCAACAAGGGCUAUUCAUUCAUUCACCAGUCAGUGUUUGAUACAUUGUUUCUGCAGUUUUCAUCAGAGUAUUUUGAACAAAGUAUUAUGAUCUGUCCUGCUCCAGUGUUGGUGGAAUAUGUUGUCACCCCUGGCGUGUCAAAUCAAGGUCCUCUUACACUGAUGGUUGAUGGAGAAAAGAAGUAUUCUAUUCUUGCUAAAAGGUUUACAGAAUUGUUAAAAAAUGCAGGUAGUGUCAGAGUCACACUUUCACAUCCGUCGUUCAAAGAUGAACUAUUUGUGGAGUAUUUAAUCACACAUUUCUGGAAUUCUGAAAUACUGCAAAACAUUUUGUCCAUGAAAUUAUACACACAAGUAGAAAAAACGGUGAUGCUGAAGAAACAGCAUGCAGUUAAUAUGACCUGGAGGAUGGCUGCUAUAAAACGUUUACCACAUAUCGAUUGUGAAGAAUUUACUGUUACUACAGCAACACUGGCAUCUAUAGCUGUCAAUAACAAUACAAACAAGCUGUCAACUUAUUUUGCAAGCAAUCUUGUUAAGUUGAAUUCCAGUAGUGAACUUCAACAAGAUCUUUUGAAAGCUGCAUGUCUGAAGGGUAAUACUGAAGUAGUUGAUAUUUUAUUAAAAGGUGGUGUUGUACCUACUAAUGAUACAUUUAAUGCUGCUGCUGUGUCAGACACAGAUGGUGUCUCAAUCCUCAUUAAUCUUUUUGAGAAGAAAAAUGACCUGGAUGUCGAUAAUUUAGGACACUUGCUAUUUCUAGCACUUGAAGAGAGAAAUGAAAAAAUAUCACAUGUGUUGAUUGAUAAAAUUGGUGCAAUGCAGAACCAUGUCAGGGUCCUUGAUGAAGCUGUCAAACGGCUACUUUAUAUUAUAGUUCAUGAAGAUAGAUAUUGCUCGAGUUUCAAUAGGACAUGUAAACCUGAAGCUGCAGCUAAUCUGUUUAGAUGGUUACACACAUAUUCAAAAGUAUGCACUUAUAGACUUGCCAUUACACUGGCAGCGCAGUACAAACAUGCAUGUGUUUUAAAAUACAUCAUUAACAUUAACCCAGCUUUACUGAAUACAGUAACUGAAGGUGAAACUCUCUUACAUAAUACUGCCAAAUAUGGAUGCCUGGAAUCACUGAAUACGUUAUUAGAUCAUGGGUUAGACAUCAACGCUGUCAAUUCAGACAAGCAGACUGCACUCCAUUUUGCAGCUCAUUACGUUCGCUGUGAUAUACUUAAAGCAUUAGUUGAUAAAGGAGCUGUAUUAGAUGUUGCAGAUGACGAACUAAAUAGUCCACUUCACUAUGCUGCAAAACGCUGGUCAAUGGAAAUGGUAACGUACCUCGUUGAACAAGGAUCACAGGUAAAUAUACAAAAUAAAAGAGGGAACACUCCUCUUCACUAUGCUGCAAAAUGGUAUACACUAGAGUUGAUAUCUUACCUUGUUGAAAAAGGAGCACAGGUAAAUAUACAAAAUAAAAGUCGGGACACUCCUCUUCACUAUGCUGCAAAACACAAGUCACUGAAAGUGGUAACUUACCUUGUUGGAAAAGGAGCAAAUAUAAAUAUACAAAAUAAAAGGGGGGACACUCCUCUUCACUAUGCUGCAUAUAACAGGUUACUGGAAAUGGUAACUUACCUUGUUGAAAAAGGAGCACAUGUAAAUAUACAAAAUGAAAGUGGGAACACUCCUCUUCACGAUGCUGCAAAACACCAGUCACUGGAAGUGGUAACUUACCUUGUUGAAAAAGGAGCACAGGUAAAUAUACAAAAUGAAAGUGGGGACACCCCUCUUCACUAUGCUGCAGAACACCAGUCACGGGAAAUGGUAACUUACCUUGUUGAACAAGGAGCGCAGAUAAAUAUACAAAAUAAAAGUGGGGACACACCUCUUCACUCUGCUGGAGAACACCGAUCUUUGAAAGUGGUAACUUUCCUUGUUGAGAAAGGCGAACAGAUAAAUAUACAAAAUAAAAGGGGGGACACUCCUCUUCACUAUGCUGCAAAAUAUUGUAUCUUUGGUGCAAACCACAAGUCGCUGGAAGUGGUAGCUUACCUUGUUGAAAAAGGAGCACAGGUAAAUAUGCAAAAUGAAAGUGGGGACACUCCUCUUCACUAUGCUGCAGAACACCAGUCACAGGAAAUGGUAACUUACCUUGUUGAAAAAGGAGCACAGGUAAAUUUACAAAAUGAAAAUGGAGACACUCCUCUUCACUCUGCUGCAGAACACCAGUCACUGGAAGUGGUGACUUACUUUGUUGAAAAAGGAGCAUAUGUAAAUAUACAAAAUGAAAGUGGGGACACUCCUCUUCACCAUGCUGCAAAAUGCCAGUCACUGAAAGUGGUAACUUACCUUGUUGAAAGAGGAGCACAUGUAAUUAUACAAAAUAAAAGUGGCAACACUCCUCUUCACUAUGCUGCAAAAUACCAGUCACUGAAAGUGGUAACUUACCUUGUUGAAAAAGGAGCACAGGUAAAUAUACAAAAUAAAAGUGGGGACACUCCUCUUCACUAUGCUGUACAACUCGAGUCACUGGAACUGGUAACUUACCUUGUUGAACAAGGAGCACAGGUAAAUAUACAAAAUGAAAGUGGGGACACUCCUCUUCACUAUGCUGCAGAACUCCAGUCACUGGAACUGGUAACUUACCUUGUUGAACAAGGAGCACAGGUAAAUAUACAAAAUGAAAGUGGGGACACUCCUCUUCACUAUGCUGCAAAACACCAGUCACUGGAAGUGGUAACUUACCUUGUUGAAAAAGGAGCACAGGUAAAUAUACAAAAUGAAAGUGGGGACACUCCUCUUCACUAUGCUGCAAAACACCAGUCACUGAAAGUGGUAACUUACCUUGUUGAUAAAGGAGCACAGGUAAAUAUACAAAAUGAAAGUAGGGACACUCCUCUACACUGUGCUGCAAAACACAAGUCACAGGAUGUGGUAACUUACCUUGUUGAAAAAGGAGCACAGGUAAAUAUACAAAAUGAAAGUGGGGACACUCCUCUUCACUAUGCUGCAGAACACCAGUCAAGUGAAAUGGUAACUUUCCUUGUUGAACAAGGAGCACAGGUAAAUAUACAAAAUAAAAGUGGGGACACUCCUCUUCACUCUGCUGGAGAACACCGGUCACUGAAAGUGGUAACAUACCUUGUUGGAAAAGGAGCACAGGUAAAUAUACAAAAUGAAAGUGGGGACACAGCUCUUCACUAUGCUGUAAAAUAUUGUAUCUGUGGUGCAAACCACAAGUCACUGAAAGUGGUAGCUUACUUUGUUGAAAAAGGAGCAUAUGUAAAUAUACAAAAUGAAAGUGGGGACACUCCUCUUCACAAUGCUGCAGAACACUGGUCACUGGAAGUGGUAACUUACCUUGUUGAAAAAGGAGCACAGGUAAAUAAACAAAAUGAAUGUGGAGACACUCCUCUUCACUAUGCUGUAAAAUAUUGUAUCUUUGGUGCAAACCACAAGUCACUUGAAGUGGUAACUUACUUUGUUGUCAAAGGAGCACAGGUAAAUUUACAAAAUAAAAGUGGGGAAACUCCUCUUCACUAUGCUGCAAAACAUAAAUCACUAGAAGUAAUAACUUACCUUGUUGAAAAAGGAGCACAGAUAAAUAUACAAAACGAAAGUGGGGACACUGCUGUUCACUAUGCUGCAAAACAUUGUAUCUUUGGUGCAAAUCACAUGUCAUUGGAAGUGGUAAGUUGCAUUGUUGAAAAAGGAGAACAGGAAAAUAUACAAAAUCAGUGUAGGGACACUUCUCUUCACUAUGCUGCAAACCACAUGUCACUGGAAGUGGUAACUUAUCUUGUUGAAAAAGGAGCACAGGUAAAUAUGCCAAACGAAAGUGGGGAUACUCCUCUUCACUAUGCUGCAGAACACUGGUUACUGGAAGUCGUAUCCUACCUGGUGGAAAAAGGAGCAGAGGUAAAUAUGCAAAAUAAAAGUGGGGACACUCCUCUUCAUUAUGGUGCAAAACAGGAGGCACUGGAAGUGGUAACUUACCUCGUUGAAAAAGCAGCACAGGUAAAUAUACAAAAUGAAGGUGGGGACACUCCUCUUCACUAUGCCGCUGAACACUGGUCACUGGAAGUGGUAAGUUACCUUGUUGAAAAAGGAGCACAGUUAAAUAUACAAAAUGAAAGUGGGGACACUCCUCUUCACUAUGCUGCAAAACACAAGUCAAUGGAAAUCGUAUCUUACCUUGUUGAAAAAGGAGCACAGGUUGAUAUACAAAAUAAAAGUGGGGACACUCCUUUUCACUAUGCUGCAGAACACUGCUCACUGGAAGAGGAAACUUACCUUGUUGAAAAAUGAGCACAGGUCAGUAUACAAAAUGAAAGUGGGUUCACUCUUCUACACAUGCUACAAAACACCAGUCAAGUAAAUUGGUAACUUAUCUUGUUGGAAGAGGAGCAGAUGUAAAUAUACAAAUUGAGAAUGGGGACACUGCACUUCACCAUACUGCAGUUCUCUGUUCAAUGGGAAUGGUAAAUUUCAUGUUUGAAAAUGGAGCAGCAGCUGAUUGUAAAAAUAAUAAAAAGUACACACCAUUGAUUUUAGCAUGUACGUGUACAAAGACUGAUAAUGUGAUUUUGUUUACUAGAAAAAGGUGCAGACCCUAAUCUUGGAAAUAUCACAGCAGCAGUUCAGAUCUGAAUGUUCUUACACAGUCUGGCAAUAGUCCACCCAUAUGGCAGUGCGCAAUAUUUGGUUGACUUUUAACAGGUAGAAUUACAAAAUUACCCAUGUGUGUUUACAAACUAAUAUUUUAUGACUAUUCAAUAUGGCACAGAAUAUAAAUGGAUUGUACAUAUGCAAGAUAUAUUUUACAGACUUGGGUUAUAAUAAUGUAUGGGACGCACAUCAUUUUAUAUCUGUUCCAUGUCUAAAACGAACCAUUAAGCUAUGACUAGAAGACCAAUAUACUCAGAACUGGCACAAUAGUAUUACUGAAUCGGGGAAAUGUUCUACAUACCUGCUUUUUAAAGAGAAAAUAGAAUUUGAAAGCUAUUUUAAUAUACUUAACACGAAGCAUUAUACCACUUUUCUCCGAUUUCAUAUGUCUAAUCAUGUCUUACCAAUUGAAAAGGGCAAGGUGGUCCAAUGUUCCAAAAGAAGAUACAACAUGUACAUUAUGUAAUAUAGGUGAUAUCGGAGAUUGAGUUUCAUUAUAUUUUUAUUUGUGAUAGAUUCAACAAGGAACGAAAAAGAUUACUAUAGCCAUACUAUGUUAUUAGACCAAAUGUAAUUAAAUUUAGAGAACUGUUGAACUGUAAACGUGUCAGCAUCCUUAAAAAAACUUUGAACUUAUAAUAUUAUAAAUAACCACUUUACCUCCUGAAAACCCAUUUUAUAUGGCUUAAUCUUACUUAUUUGUUUGUUAUAAACACUUGUUACUUAACGUAUACAUGUAUAUGUAUAUAUAUAAUGUACUCCUCUGAUGCCACCGGAUGGUGGCUUUGAGUGAAAUAAAGUUCUGUUCUGUUCUGUUAACAUAGAUGAAAAAUACAUCA